AUGACAAACAGUGAGGGAAGUCGCGCUUCACAGAGGAGAAUGGUUGAGGGUGAAUCAAGCAAUGCAAGGGAAAGAAGGCUUAAGAUGCAAGCCGAUUUGGAGAGGAUGAUCAAGGAUGGAAGAUCUGAUGCAGAGGAGUAUGUGUACUCUGAGGAAGAGUCUGAGAAAGGAAGUGAUGAGACUGAGAGUGAAGAGGAAGGAGAAGAGGUGAAUCAAUUGGUUGAUGAGAGUGAGCAAGAGAACCAAGAUGAACCAUGGAGGAGGUUGAGCAGAGAGCAAGAGGAGGAUGAGCUCCCCAUGUACCAAGAGCACUACAAUGCUCUCUUCUCCAUGGACUUUAUGGAGACCAAGUACCCACAUGUUGACACAAUGAAGGCCCUUGGAAUCUUUGAGAUGUGGAGUUGGUCUCAAGAACAUGCACUUGGCCAAGUUCUUCUCUUAUCACAUGGAAUCCUACAAGGAGCUCACUUACAUCAACGAGGGAAGGCGCUAAGUGUUGGAGGGCUCAUCACACCUAUCUUGUGUGCUGCUGGAGUGAACCCAACUGAUAAGAGAGCCACUGAACCAGGUUGGAUGGACAUCAAGUUUUGCAAGACCAACCUUCUCAUUGAGCACAAGGAGUUGGAUGGGAGUUCCAAUUCAAGUUCACCAUCCAUUGGCUGGCCCUCCAAGCUUCUCCUGCCCAACCCAGAGCUCACCACAGUAGUCAGGGGUGAGAACAUUGACUUCAGACCCCCUGUGUACACAUUAGUUGGGCAUGAGGAUGAUUUGCGAGAAGAGGAGCCUGAGCUCGAUCGAGCUGAGGAUCGAGCUGAGUCGAGCUGA